CAGCACCAUCCAAUUCACCAAUAUGCACGGCUUGACCCCGCUUCUGCUUGCGACGACUGCGAUUGCUUCGACGAUGGCGACCCCCGAGGCGACGGCCGCGUGCACGUCCAGCGUCCUCCAGACGGCCGUCACACCCGUGCUCCUCUCGGCGGCGACCGCGCUCACGCAGUGCUCAACGGCCACGGGGCUUUCGAUCACGAGUCUUGUUGGCUCAUCAACGAUCUCGUCGACGCAGCUCGCCGCCUUCCUCAACGACACCAACUGCAUGUCCUUUGCGAGCAGCGUUGCAACCGCGAUCGCUGCCAUUUCGCCCGUCUGCGCGCUUCAGACAUCACCGAGCGUUGUGACGACAGCCGACGUAACAAGCCUCUCGACCACCGAGUUUGUGACGCUGCUCUUGUCGUCGUCGUCGAGCAGCUCCAAUGCAACGACGAAUGCUACCGCGGUCGUCACGGUGGCGCCGACUGCCAACACCACUGAUGUCAAUGCCACGACAGACGCCCCGACAACCAUUGUCGCGACGACGACCGUGACGCCGACCGCGACGAGCACAUCGACCGCAACACCGACGCCGACGACAGUGAGCUCGAGCGCGAUGCAGUUGGCGUCGAGCAUCACGCUGCUGUGUGCCGUCGCCAUGCUCGCCAUGGUCUAAGAUACACUGCGUAGCAUUAACUUUGACACAGCUUAUUCUCUUUCCCAUGAUGUAUACUACAUGUACUACUGA